AUGUCACUCUCUACAAAGAGAGGAUCUAAGGAAACAGGACUGCAACGUAAAAGGACAGAAAAGCAAUCAACCAUCUGCUUGCAGCGAAUGAACGUAGAUCCUUCAGAUGAUGAAGCUAUUGAGAAGUCAAGUGAUAACAGGACAGCAACGCAUCAUGAUUCAGAUUCCAAACCUCCUGUGACAAAGAAAAGAAAGCAGCCUACGGAGUGUUUUCUAAGUCAGCCUGAAGAAAAACAAGAGAGCGCUGUAAAGGCAAAGAGGAGAAAAAAGAAGAAAAUUUCUGAUAUUCUGGAAAAAUCCACUCCCAAACCUGGUGUCCCUGCAGAUCUACAAAACCUGCUUAGUCAACAUUUUGGUGAAAACCGUUCAGUGAUUGAAAUAGAGGAAUUAAAGCUGUCAG